AUUAACUCUAAUGUUACUUGCGCAGGAAUCAAGAAAAAUAUAACCAAAGAUGCUAGAAAGUCUAAGAAGAGGAGAUCACUUUCUAAAGAGGAGAAGCGAGCUGCAAGAGUCUUAGCGGAAGUACCACAUCCCCAUCCAUGGACCAUGGCCAAGACUCUGUCCGUCAGCGAUGUCAAUGGUCUAAGCCGACUUAUGCUGAACACAGUGGACGCCGAAACCCACAUCGUUAGUUAUCUCCCUACAGAUGUCCAAGAGAACAUCCAACAAGGAAUUGGAAUCGAGAUCACAGCUUACGACCAAGAAAAGGGAACUGAGCACAAGUUGGUUUUCAAGAGACACGUCAAUACAUCAAAAAGCUAUGUUUUAAACGGUGGCUGGUCUGCAGUGUUUUCCAAGAAGAAAAAAUUGGUGGAAGGAGACACGAUUGGACUCUUCUGGAAUAAUACUAACUCUAGGCUCCACGUUGGUGUGCUUCAGAGAAAGAAAGAUGAGAAAGAUCUAGUUUGCUGA